AGUGCGAGGCCCCAGUUCUGCAAAGCCCCACCGAACGCAGCUCUGCAGCAAGGGCGCCGGAACCGGGGGGCCCAGGGCCCCUUCAGUUCACGCGCCGGAAGAGGGGGGGAGUACCGCGCGGGGGGGGGCGGGGUUCUUUUGGGGGGGGAAGGAGAGAAGAGGCGGCACCAGGGCGGGGUCUCGGUUGCGGCGCCGGUAGCCGCCCCCACACUUUUAGGGAGUUUCCGCCGCUCCUGCUUGGGCGGGGCCUACCCUGGCGAAAGCAAGUUACGCUCACAGAGGCCCAGGAAGCCCUUCCCGCGCCGAGGUGGCGGACUCCCGCCCCUGGAGGUGCAAUCCCGGCUGGGCUGUGGCGAGUGGCCGAUCCCGUUCCUCCGGCAGAGGGGCCGGGCAGGGCGGCUCUGCCCCACGACCUGAACAAGAGUGAAAGCUCGAAAGCUUGUACCUUGCACCAGUAGAAGUUGGUUCAGUAAAAGGCCCCAAGCAAUAGAUCUUUGCUGCACACUGUCCCUGACAACUGGAAACAGGAAGGUUUAGAACUGUGAAGUAUAGUUAUAGAAUCGCUUGGGUGCACAAGUUUACCACCAGAUGGCAGUGCUCGUUUGUUCCAAGUUUCGCAUAACAGUACACCAGCAAUCAUUUGCCACGCACACAAGACUGUUCCAAGCAUCCACAUUUUUCUUUUUCCUCAAAAGAGUUAUCAAACCCUGUGCACUGGAGACUUCUUUAAUACAUGGUGGUCCAAGUCCCAGCUGCUCUUUCAUGCUGUGAACCAAGGAGCAGAGAGAGACGACCACAGAACCUAAACAACCAGGUGUUUGCAAAUUGAUUGCUGAAUUAUUUGCUCCAUUAUCUUCCUGGGUACUGAAGAUGGGUAUCAUUAAAUAUACAGAUAGAAGUAUGGGGAUGGAGGAUAGCAUUACUUUAUACUGCUGAUGGAACUCUUUGAAGAAAAGAAAUAGUCAGUAUAAAUAGAGUAAGAGAGAAGUGGUGGAACUGCAAUUCACUACACUAACUUAUAUGAACCAAUCGUUAUUUAUGCCACGGGGAGGCUGAAAGUCCUGGAAACGUUAUGUAAGAAAUGACAAAGAAUUUGAAAGCCGUUGCCUAGCAAAUUGGAACAUGGAGACGAAGCUAGAUCCUGCUAAGGAUGACCUGCCCCUAAUGGCCAACACACGCCACAUGCUUGUAAAGCAUUAUGUAUUGGACUUAGAUGUGGAUUUUAAAAGCCAAGUUAUUGAAGGCACCAUAGUUCUCUUUUUUGAGCCUGGGAGCCGAUGCAAAAAAGGAGGCAGUGCUGGGGAAGGAGCCUGUCUUUCACAGUCAGAUGAAACAUUCAAAAUUAGGGCAUCUGAACCUUGUCACAGUCCUGUGACAAAUCUAAGUGCCCGCUCAUCUAAAACAGGAUAUAAUGAUUUUUCAGUCUGUGCUAAAGGUGAAAAAGAUACUUCUGAUAAAAAUGGUAACCAUAGCAACGGGGAACAGGCUUCUGGGAUUUCUAGUUCAAAGAACUGCUGUGACAUAGAGACUCAUGGGAGUGAAGAUUUUUUGCUGGUAUUGGACUGCUGUGAUUUAUCUGUGUUAAAGGUCGAGGAGGUAGAUGUUGCUGCUGUGCCAGGUAUUGAAAAAUUUACAAGGUCUGCCAAGCUAACUGAUGCUGAAGAGCUGAGAAAUCUUAGGAAUCAGAUUGUACAUGAACUUGUGACUUUACCUGCGGAUCAUUGGAGGGAACAGCUAUAUUAUUACACCUACUGCAGCCAGGCGCCUGGUUGUGGAGAGCUUCUGUUUUCCACUGGCACUUGGAGCUUGGAGAUAAGGAAAGCAGAGGUUCAAGCACCAAGAGACUUUCCUCAUGCCAUAAGGAUAUGGUACAAAACAAAGCCAGAGGGAAGAUCAGUUACAUGGACCACAGACCAGAGUGGCAGGCCAUGUGUUUAUACAAUGGGGUCUCCAAUAAACAACAGAGCCCUUUUUCCAUGUCAGGAGCCACCGGUUGCCAUGUCAACAUGGCAAACCACAGUCCGAACAGCUUCUUCCUUUGUUGUCUUAAUGAGUGGUGAAAAUUCAGCAGAACCAGCACAACUUCAAGAAGGUCUCUUAAGUUGGUACUAUUAUGUGACCAUGCCAAUGCCAGCAUCCACCUUUACUAUUGCUGUUGGGUGUUGGACAGAAGUUAAACAGGAAUCCCACACAGCUGACGUCCAGAUAAAUAAUGAGUUUUCCUCUCUGUUUUCAAGGGCCGAUCUCAGGUUGAUCAAAGGGAGCUGUGGUCAUGUGGCAUAUCCUUGCCGUUUCCAAAAUCCUGCUGCCAGUUCUCAGCUAGUCAUUCCUCAUCGAGUCUUUGCUCCAUGGUGCCUUAAGGAUCGUUGUGCAGAGAUCCUUCUUGAGCUGAUUCCUCAGUGCCUGUCAGCUGCUCAUGCUAUAUUGGGUACCCACCCCUUUUCCAGGAUUGAUGUGUUGAUAGUCCCUUCCAACUUUUCCAGUCUGGGAAUGGCCAGCCCACACAUCAUCUUCCUGUCACAGAGCGUAUUAACUGGAGGGAGCCAUCUCUGUGGAACACGUCUGUGCCAUGAAAUUGCUCAUGCUUGGUUUGGACUGGCCAUUGGUGCUCGUGAUUGGACUGAAGAAUGGAUAAGUGAAGGGUUUGCUACUUACUUGGAAGAUGUAUUUUGGGCAGUAGCACAACAGCAGCUGCCACAUGACGAAGCAAGAGAGCAGCAGGAGUUGAAAGCUUUGCUGCGCUGGCGACGGCUCAGAGAUGAGGUGCAGAACUCUAAAGAAGAGCUGCAAGUAUUAAGGCCAAACAAAGAGAACACAGGAGAAGUGAGUGAGUCUGGAACAUGCAUAAUCAAACAUGGUCUUAAUGCAGAAAAAAUCUUCAUGCAGGUUCAUUACUUGAAGGGCUAUUUCCUUCUGCAAUCUCUAGCCAAGAAAAUUGGAGAGGCUACAUAUUUUGAAUUUUUAAGAAAGUUUGUGCAGAAGUUUCAUGGACAACUGAUCCUUUCUCAGGAUUUUCUUUACAUGCUGCUGGAGGACAUCCCAGAACAAAAAGGGUACGGACUAUCGGUUGAAAAUAUCAUCGGGGCCUGGCUUGACACUUCUGGAAUACCAAAGCCUUUGCUGGAAGAGUGUCAGUCUUGGGACCAGUGUCGAUUAGUCCAGCAAGUGAAUGAUGAGGUCACAAAAUGGAUUCAAGCAAACCAGAGAGCCAGAAAAAGGACCAAAAGGAAACGAAGGCAGGAUGAAGUGGCUUUCCGAAAGUUGGCAGGUUUGAGUGUUACUUUGAAAAUAUUCCAAUUAGAACAACUUCUCCCGGACCAGCUGGUCUUACUUCUGGAAUCUCUGUUGGAGGAGAAGAUGUUAUGUCUCAGAAUUCUACAAUGCUUAGAGAAAACAUACCACCUUGAUGAGCAGGAUGCAGAGGUUCGACAUCGGUGGUGUGAACUUGUUGUUAAACACAAAUAUACAACAAGAUAUGCUGAGGUUGAGAAAUUCCUCAAGGAAGAUCAGGCUAUGGGUGUUUAUCUGUAUGGAGAAUUAAUGGUGAAUGAAGAUGCAAAACAACAGGAACUUGCCUAUAAAUGCUUUGCUGCAACACAAAAACAAAUGGAUGUGUCCUCAGCCAAAGUGGUGGCAGAGAUGUUAUUCUGAAGAGGAGAGAUCACAGAAAAAUCUUAAUAUAUCUACAACUAAAUCCUGGUAGUAACAGGAUUUCAUUGAACCUGGUAGACAUCAAAGGAAGAAUUGUGUGCCUGCUAAAACAAUCAGCUGACAAACAUUUACCUCUCAGCAUUUAUCUUUUCAAGAGGCUUUUUGCUACCAAGCGUGUAAGUAGAAAGCACCAACUGCUCCUCAAAAAAAAAGACAUUAGUGUGGUUCUGGCUGAUUAGGUAGCACAAGACACUUGAUGACCAUUAUUUAUUGUAUGGUGUUAUGACAAUUCUGUAUUCCAAAUACCAAAACAGCUUAAGUCCACGUACAAAAAGGGGUUGAGAAGAGAACUGUUGAUUUGAAGAAACACUUUGUACACACUUUAGCAAAGGGGCAUUGCUGAAAUUAGACUCGGUUUCACACUAAACACAGCAACCAAUAGCAAACAGCAUGAAAGUUUCUGCCAUACCACUCCCCUUUAAGGGAAAUUAAGUGGAUUUCUUGGAGAGACUUCUACCAUUCCAAGGGAGGUUUAGGUCAAGGGUGAGUGUUGUUUUUAAUGUAUUAUUUGGUAUAGAGAUCCUAAUCUGACAGACUAGAAGAAAUUCAGUUAUUUUAGUCAUGGAGUAGACUGGACUGAAAACAAUUGCCACUAAAAGCAGGAUUGGUUUUCUUUAUGACUAGAUAUACUUCGUGUAAAAAGGGCAUACUUUCCAUUCCUGAAAACUUUCUUUUUUCUCCCCAUGGAAUGCUUCAUUUGUACCGUAGAGGUGUCAAAUGUAACUCCUCUCAAUGCAAAGACUACUGGAGUGAUUCCUGGACACUUCCAAAAUUGAUCUUUUCAUGGAACUGGACCCUUAAGAAGGGGAGAGGGGGGCAAAUAUUUACCUUGUAAAAUGUUUUCCCACAAUUUUUAUAAUAAUAAAUUAUGUGUGGUUUAACUAUUUCCAUUGCUUAGUGGUUAGGCACAUUAAUACAUUUAUAAUGAUAAAAUAAUCUGACUUUUACUCUAAAGGAGAAAUGGAAACUGAGUUAGUUAAUGAGUAUUGAUGGAAAUAAAUGCAACACAGUGGGGGAAUUAAAAAAAAAAAAAAAAAACCCUCUUGCACAAAGCCUAUAAACAGUGCUCUGCUGGUAACUGAUUCAGUAGUGUGCUCAAACACAAUGGAGCAUAGCUACUCUUUUCCCUACAUUCUCUGUACCACACCAAAAUUCAGAAACAGAUUUUUAAUUACCUGGGUUAUAUUCAGUUAGCAAUUCAGACUGCGAUAAGAAUUAGGAAGCUGUCUAAUAGCAUGCUGAGUUACUGCCAUGGCUUCUAAUAUAGUUUUCCCCACAGAGGUAGUGACUAAGGGAUCCUAUUCAUAAAAGAGCUAUGCCCCAGUUCACAGGUUUUUUGCAGAGGCCAGUAAGGGAGAACAAGUACAAAUACUCGUUCUUGGUGCUUUCAUUGUGUAUGGGGAAAGAACUCAGAGUUGAAUAAGGCACUCAAAGGCUAACCAAAAAUUAAACAUGAAUCAAUCACCAGUCCUGGACAGUUUGUAUCCAAUCAUAAUAAAAGUAAAUUACAAACUAAAA